AUGGAUUGUCAGCAACAAGUUGAAGCUUCCAAUAACACUAUUGCAAUUCCUCCUGAUCUCACCAUUCAUGUCAUGGUUGUUGAUGAUGAUGCUACUUCUCUUGCUGUCCUCUCAAACUUGCUCAAAACUUUGAACUAUCAAGUUUCAGUUGCUUCAUUUGACGACCCGAUUCGAGCUUUGUCCACGCUUCGAGCAGGAAAACAAUCUUUUGAUCUCAUUGUGACAGCUCUCCAUAUGUCAAAGAUGGAUGGUUUUGAGUUAACCAAGAGAGUAAAUGAUGAAUUCAAGCUUCCUGUGAUUAAGACAAUUAUAAGCACCAAUGGCGAAGGCGAGCUUCACGCAUUUGAAACGCACUCGGUUUCGGGCUCAAAUGAAGUAAUAUUAGAAAGGAAGAAGAAGAAGAAGAAGAGUUCAAAAGAAAAGGAUCGAGAGAAAUCAAAUGGUAAAAAGGAAGUGAAGUCUACUAAAAAAAAACCAAAGGUGGUUUGGACAGAUUUCCUUCAAUAUAGAUUCUUGCAAGCUGUUCAUUACAUUGGUUUGGACAGAGCUGUUCCAAAGAAAAUCCUUGAAGUCAUGAAUGUGCCUGGUUUGACUAGGGAAAAUGUUGCUAGCCAUUUGCAGAAAUAUAGAAUCUUCCUUAGAAAAGUUUCAGAAAGAUGCAUGAUUACACCAAACAAGACAACUGAAGAUAUCCUAUGGUCAAAAUUCCUCUCCCAACAUGCUUCAUUCAUUAUACAAAAAAUCCAACAAAAAAGAAACUCCCAGCUCAAUCCUUCUCAAAACCCUAAUAUCCUUCCUUUCCCCAUCCCUCAAACUUGUUCAUUAAACCCUAUCAAUGGCGACCAUCGGUCCAAGCGUAAACCGUCGAGUUUCGAGGCGUACCACUUGCCCUACUACGGUCUAGGGCACCCGACAAGUUUCAUGACGAACUUCACCGGUUGUCCAUUGCCAAUAAUGAACCAAAGCUACAAUAUUCCUCAAGCUUUUAACUACAGUGGUGUUCAGUUCCCAAAUUUGGAUCACCUUGAGGAUUCUUCUUAUUUAGGUUGUUCAAGCUUCUGUGGCUAUAACAGCUACGACAGGUUCUCGGUUGGCUUUGGCGGGGGAGUUCCGAUGGCUCAGAUGGGGAUUCCUUCAAAUGGAUUUGAUGGAAAUGGUGAGUUUGGUCAAUAUGGUAUUGGGUUUGGUGGGAAUCAUAGCAGUUACAAUUGGGGGUUGAUGUGUAAUAAUAAUAAUGUUGUCAACUUUGGUGGGGAUCAUUGUCAAAUCACAACGAGGCAUUCAAGUCAUCCUCUCGGUAAUUAUAAGAACCCUGUUGAUAAUUCAAUAUUCCAUAAACAACAACCUAAUGGAGGUUUCAUGAAAGACCAAAGCCAGCAGUACUUGUGCAACAUCGUGUCCACAGCAGCUGAAGAAACUCCAACAACUGAUCCUUUCUCCAUUGAUGAACAGCAGGUUUUGGAUGAAUUCAUGGCAUCGUUGCUAAGAAAUGAUAGCCCUGCACAAGGCUAAACCAAGGAGAGUGGACGAUCUAAAUCCUUGCAUAGACUAAAGAGAAGUAAUUAAAAAGGACACAAGUUGUGUUUGUGAACCUUUUGUUGUCAAAGACUUGUAUUUUUAUUAUAUGUAAGGUCUAAAAAAUUGAAGUCUUUGUUCAUAUAUGAACUUUUAAUAAUGGUAUAUAUAUAUUAUGAUAAGGUUCUAAAAUGGACCCUUUCUUCGUAUCGAGAAUGUGGUGAAGAUACUUAGAAUGUGCUGACUUAGUUAAACUUUCAUGCAAGCAAUUAAAGUUAAUGCAGCCAAUUAACGUACUCUUUUUGUAAUUACCCUAUGCAAGCAUGAAGCUAAGCUGCAUACUCCUUUUGUUCAAUUAAGUUAGA